UGUAUUCAGAACAUUAGAUCUUGUGAUGAAUUGUGAUAAAGGGAAUUAGGGUUAUUUAAAAUUUGGAAAUUAUAAAUAUCAAACAUGAAAUAUAAAUAUUAAUGGGAAACCAAAAAUUGGGGAAAAUUAAUCAGGACAUUGUCUAAAAAAAUUGAAUGUUAAAACAACUAGGAUAUUAUAAACUAAAAAUUGUUGAUAAAUGUGAGAAAGUUAUUUUUUAUUUAAUUGAUAUAAUAAGAAUUGUACUAAUUUAAAGAUGAGACAGUAAACACUAAGGGGAAAAGAGGGGAAACACUUAAUGUAAUAGUUUGAGAUUUGUACUAAAGAUAUUUGUAUAUUACGGAAUUAUUGACCAACUCAGCCACCACAUUGCUUUUCCAAUACUUAAAUGUAAAACUAGAAAACCAAUAAAAUUUUCUUAAAAAAUAAAUAAAAUGUAUUUGUUAAGAAAUGACUUUUACCUACCAUAGGUUUAACACUCCCAAUAAGUGCCAGAGUUCACAUUAAGCUGAACAAAGAAAGCCCUAUUAUGGCUUAGCCGCUGAACACAGCCAUUAUGUUUGUUCUGCAAAUCACAAGUAUCUAAGGUGGCAACUCUGUUCUCUUUGUCCCCAAUUUAAAUAAUCACUAACUGACCACGAUAUGCUGCUUUACCUAAAUCCUGCAAACGCGGGAAUUCCAAGAUUUGCAGAUCAAAACCUGCCUAGCUUUAGGGCCUAUACAAGAGGAUCACAUCCAGUUUAAAGAGAAAUCCGAAGCCCUUAAGGAAGUUAGAAGCUUCAUGCCUGAAGAAUCAAUUCGGGAGCGGAAGGGCAGUUACACCUGCCUGCAACCUUUAGGGGAGGAAACCAGACUCGUUUUUUCGAAAGGGCAAUAAUAAUUUACCAAGAAAGGAAAAAAAAAAAAAAAGCACACCACACUCACAGCCUGAAAACCUGUUCUGUUACUUAGAUGAAGAGCCAACGUUGUAUGGAGUGAGUGAGAAUCCAAACCAAGGAGGUCGAGACCGGAGCCCAAAUAACCCGGCCGGCGGGAGCGAAGAAAAGAGGGUGUGAACCCGGGAAAGGAAAAGAAGUUUUCUCCUGCGGGGCGCGGAAGCCCUCCUCCUCGGCCACCUGGGCGCUGGCGUCGGUUUUCCUGCUCGGGCGAAGAGGACUCGCGUCCGCCCCGAAAGCGAAGGCUGCGGCCGAGGCUGGUGCGCGCGCCCGGGGAGGAGUCAGGCAUUUGUGCCCCAAGGGCUGAGGCGCGCUCCCUGCCUGCCGGUUUACCUGUAGCAGGACUUGCGCUGGAGAACAGAAGCGAAGAGACGGACGAUGAAAAGAAGCGAGGACCGGCGGAGUUUAUUGUUGGCCGGCCGUCCCGAACAGUAGCUUCCUGGGUUGCGGUCUGCCUUCUUCAUUGAUUCCAGCUUGCUUAGAAGCAGUAAUGGCAACAGAAUGCAUUAAGAAUUGUUGUAGAGGAUGUUUAUAUACUAAUAAAGAAAAGCAUGAUGCUUCCCUGGAGAAACAGUCUGCAGUUGCUGACCAAUAUAGAUCAAAAGUAGUGGAGAAACCUCCUUUGUCUUCUGUAUCCAUGAAAAGGCAGGUUGGCUGUUCAGAAGAUUAUCUUCUCUCUAAGUUCCCACCAGGUGGCAAAGAAAUACCCUUUGUAGUUCCUCAGUUCAAACUUGCUUACAUCCAACCUCGGAAUCUUGGUAAUCCACAUCUUGGGGGACUUCAAGGUUCAGUUGUAACGUCUUUCAGUGAUCGGAAAGCAGAACUUUCUGGUAUAUACCAUCAAAGACCUCCUGCUGAUGUGGUAUAUAACCCAUUCUAUAUGCAACUGCCACAUCUUUCUCCGGAUUUCAGUCGAGACCACACAGAAAAAAUAGCGAAGAGGAGAUUAUAUGGAUCAGUUUGUGACUUAAGAAGUAGCACAUUGCCCUGUUCUUCCUCUUUAAGUCAUUCUAUGUUUGAUCUUACAAGUCCACCCCACCGAUUUCUUCAGAGGUAUGAUUCCGCCUCCAGUGCACCAAGCAGCAUCUCCUCCAGAAAUAAUUCACAAGGUAGUAAUAGGAGCUUAGAUACAAUUACAUUAUCAGGUGACGAAAGAGAAUUUGGCAGGCUGAACGUGAAGGUGUGCUACAUUUUUUCUGUUGAACAGAUAUGGAUCACCAUCUUGAAAUGCAAAGAUUUGAACUGGUCAUCUACUUGUGAAGAACAUCCUCAAAUUUCCAUCAAAGGAAUCCUCACCCUACACAAACCAGUGCAAUUCAGAUGUUUAGCAAAAGAAGCUUCCAAUGACAUUGAAUUCAUGGAAACCUUUGUGUUUGCUAUUAAACUGCAACUCCUCCAAACUGCAAGACUUGUGUUCAAAGUACAAUCUCUGAUUCCCAGAAGAAAAACUAUAGGAGAAUGUAUUUUGCCACUGCGAGACCUCAGUUCACAGGAAGUGGAUUAUUGGCUGAUGAUAACGCCUCCUUCCAAAGCUUUAGUGUGUUCUGCAGAAUUGAAAAUAGGCACCUGUUUUCAAGCAGUAAACAGCCGGAUCCAGUUGCAAAUUCUAGAAGCUCAGAACCUUCCAAGUUCAUCCACACCAUUGUCUUCAAAUUUUUUUGUAAAGAUUGAGAUGCUCAGCACUGAAGGCUUGGUUGAUAAGAAAAAAACUCGUCUGCUGAAAUCUACUAACAGUCAAGUAAAAUGGGGAGAAACCCUGAUGUUCCCUGUGAGCCAGAAUGAACAUGGAAUAAACUUUCUCAUCAAACUCUAUAGUAGGAGCUCAGUGAGAAGAAAACAUUUCCUGGGACAGGUUUGGUUAAGCAGUGACAGUAACAGUGCAGAAGCUGCUGAUCAAUGGAGGGACACAAUUGCUAAUCCAGAGAAGGUUGUGGUUAAAUGGCAUAACAUUAUUCCAGUGUGAUACUGCUUUGAACAGCCCUUUUGGUACUGAUUUGGAUUUGACUCCAGAGACUUUUGCACUUAUUUAAAAUGACCAGCCAUCAGAUAACAAAAAAACAAAAAACAGAAAAGAAAUAUCUAUAUAGACACAUACAAUAUCAUCUCUGCACAAGAGAAUCACAGAGGAAGCAAUAGAGUUGAAAAGGGAAGGAUGUUGGAAAUCCUAGCAAAGUACAUGAAAUUCAAAAGCCACGUUGAAAAAUAAUGGCUUGAUUAUUAAUUGACUGUUUUAAAAAAACUAUGAAGCGUACAUAUGAAACAUUCAAAUAUUUAUAUUCUAAAGUAAAAAUUAAUUUAAAAACUUUGUAUAGAUUUUAGUAAAAAAAAUACCACGGAAGAGCUAUCCUUCAAGAAGAUUGUGUUCCAUGUUAGUUAGUUGACCACCAUGUUCCAGCUAUUGUUUUGCUUCUAAAAGUAUUCUGUGGACACUUUAUUAUUUCUACCAAUAUGUUGAACAAGUGAGAUAAAGCAGGCAGGAAAGUAGAACUAAUACUUUACCAUUUAAUUCUUGAAAUAAUCAUUUUAAGGUCAAUUUUUAAGAAUAGUUGUUAUGUUGGAUUGUAAAUUUGAGAGAUAGGCAGGGAAGUAACAAUUUUUUUGUUAAUUAAUUCAGUUUCAUAGUUCUGCAGCAUAAAAUUUGCUUUACUGUUUUGAACAGAGAGAUAGAUUAACAAGAAGUACUCUAAUGGUGAAAUUCAAUAGAAUUUGAUCUCAUCCUUAGAACUAUUCCGUGUUUUAAGAAAACUGAAGUCACCAAUCCUUAUAAAAUGAAAGAAACAAAACAAAAUAUGCAAUCAUCAGUCUAACCAAUUAUUUUGAGAAAUAAGCACCUUCCCAACCUUCAGUAUUUUAAAAUAACAUAUAAAGUGAUAAAGGCUAAUAGAGCUUGUAUGCCUAACUAGUCCAUGGAUAACUAAACUGGCACCACUUAUAUAGAUUUAUAUAGAGAUCUUUGGCUGUAAUCAAGCAGGUGCUCUGAGUACUUUCUAGAGAUAAAACAUUUUUAAGGCACAAGACGUUGUAAUCAAGACAAUACAAUGUCUUGACUACUGAGAUGUUUGGCAAAAAGCUUGGUAGUAGAAAUACUGGUAGGCACUGUGCAGCAGAGAAGCCAUUGGGAAAAAUGGAUCAUUAACAUCUGAAAAACUUUCGUGGGGAUUUGAAAUGCAGCAUGAUUUAACUUGAAUGUCUUCGUUGCCUCUUUCAUUAGAUUAACAGUUCACGCUGAGCUUUCAAUAAAUAGGAUUUGGUUUGCCUCAAAGCUGUUGCCAUAUGAACCUGGAAGGGCACAUUUAACAUGUGAAUCCUCAUGCUGAUGUAAUCUCAGGCCUAUUUGUCAGACAAAGCCCAAGAAGGACAUGGAACAAUUGAACCAUAAGUGAUGCCAGUUCUUUAUUUGCUUUCACAUAGCAGGCAGAUUCUUGCCAGACUAAACCUUUAUUAGUCCCAGCCUUAUGAAGGCACCCUGAGAUAUUCUAAGGAAUGGUUAUCCUUACUUUCUUCCUCUGCCUCCUCUCCAGCUCUGGGGUGCGCUGCCUCUUGUCUUCCUUCUCUUUCUGGAAUAUGCUCCCUCCUUCCUGGGAGACUGCCACCUCACUAUAGUCCAUCACAUCAGCCCUCACAAUACCAUUCCUAUUUCUCAUAACAUCUAAAGCACAUAGGAUGCUUACAUGCAAUGAUCAAAAGUAAAACCAUACAUAAUUGUAACUUUCGUAGUAGAAUUCCAGCAAAUGAAUAUUUUUGUAGAUCGUUAAACUAUUCUCUGCUGUCUGCAGAGUGUUAUACUAUUUUAAAGUGUACUGGUUUCAAAAAUGACAAGGCUCAGAUCUGAAUUCUGUUUCAGUCAGACUUGGCUGGUAUUCAUGCAUGAAACAGAGAAUGCCCUCAGUGCAUAAUGAACUAUGAAUCAGAAGGUAUACUUAUACCGUGAUUAGCUGGAAGAAUCCAGAUUUUUAUGAGGAAGGAGGACAAAAAAGGCUUGUGUAGAAAAGCUGGCAGAAUGACAGCAUGAAAACCAACAUUCAGGAGAGAGGAAAUUGAAUUAAGUGAAAAAAAAUGAUCAAACUAAAAGCCACACUAAGAAAAGCAAAUGAAAAGAAUAAUGGGAACAUAAAACUGGAGAAGACAUAGAACCACACUUACCCCCGAAACAAUGAAAUCUUGAAUAAUUCAGAAAAAAAAUGUCUCUUUGUAUCCUCAAAUAUUAUAAUUAGAUAGCAAAACUAAGUCCUUGCUUAACCAGUCACUGAGCAACCAUUUGAAGUUACAGCAGCCCCCCCCAAAGGAUACUUACGAUCCAAUUUCACCCCUACAUGAUCAUGUGAUCUCAUUUUGGAUACUUGGCAACCGGCUUGCAUUUACAGCCAUUUGCAGUGUCCAAAGGUCAUGUGAUUGCAAUUUUUGCCAUUUUGGGAUGGUUUCGAGUGUUUAUUUCUGGUUUCUAGUCAAAAAUCUAUUGGAUAAACAGGUUGACUUAAUGAUUGCAGCAAAAAGUAGUAAAAUCAGGCAUGAUAAUGUGGUGACCCGCUUAACCACAAUGGCUUUACAACCUUUUUUGUUGUAGCCAUUAAGCUGACGAGACUGUAAUUCUGGGCUCAAUUAUUGUCGUACAUUGAGGACUACUUGCAUGAAUUCAAUGCUAACAUAGUUGGAUUUAAAUCUGGAGGAGCAAAUGAAAUAGUGGUAGAUAUAGUAGCUAGUCUUUUGGAAGAGCAUUGGUCCUCAAUCUUCGCAAAUAAAAAGCAAAAAGAAAAUUGUGGCUUACAAUGCAUUCAAUAUAGUCACUGUAUAGUUGGAAAAAAAACUGAUUGUUUAGAAGUUGCAUUAGAAAUUUAAAUCAAAAUUUAAAUAUUCGACAGUUCUUUGGUUACAAUUUUUAUUUACAGCAUACUUCAUGUGCAUCAGUUCAUGGCAAAGGUGAUGUUAGUGUGUCAUUGUAAAAAUCAUUUAUCUACUGUAUUGCAAAGUAAUUGAUAGAAAAAAUAACUUUUUUAAGCAAAAUAAUCACUGAAAUUAGAACAAUGAAAUUAUGAGCAAAGCUGCUUAACAGUCUUGGUACAGUAUUUUAUUUCCUCUCUUUAUUCUUUUUUAUAAACAUUGUACAUGUUGUCUAGUAGGAUAAAUGCAGAUCUUAUGAGGGCUUCAUGCAAUAAUAACAUUCUUAGGGAGCUCACAUUCAAACAUUGGAAUAUAUAGAAGUUCUAUUGAAUUUAUAGUACUGUAAUACACAAAUGACCAGAUGUUUUAUUGUAUAUGUAUAUGUUAAUACAUAUUUUUAUGAAUAUAUUCUCUUUCUUUCUCUCUCUCUCUCUCUCUCUCUCUCUCUCUCUCUCUCUCUCUCUCUCUCUCUCUCUCUCUGUGUGUGUGUGUGUGUUGAUGCCCCCUGGAGUCACCCUGUGUGAGUUGGGCAGCCAUAUAAAUUUGUUUAAUGAACAAAUGAAAUAAAUAUAAUGACUGAAGCAUUUGUAUAAAUAGAUUCUAGCCUGCCUUUGCCUUCUACCUGUGGUCUGAUCUGUUUAGCAAAAAUCUCUAGCCAAAAAUAUUUAGCUUGCUUUUUCAAAUGUUUCAUAUUAGUGCACAUACAAACACACACACAGAGAGAUUAUUUUAUUGAACAAAACACAAGCAAAGAGGGGAAAAAUCUUUCUCAGAGCUUCCUGAUGAUGGUUUGAACCUGAGUACCUAGAAUUUCACAUUAUGCAACAUGCUGGGCCUCAUGCCAAGAUUUUGUUUAAGAAGGGUGUGAAAUGAAUUGACUAACAGGCUGGGUUAUGCCAAAUGCUAACAGUGAUGUCACUGUUAAUCUACCUCAUGAAUAAUCCCGGAUCCUGGCACAGCUGUACAGUACACUUCAAGUCUUAUUAUUAACCCACAUGCUGUUUUUAUUGACAAUUAACUCCAUAACCUGGGCAUAUUUUUAGUUAAUUAUUAGAAAACUAGCAGAGUAUACCUUCUUGUAUGAAUAAUUACAGCAAUUCUGUAACACCUGCAAUUUUUUGAGAAUAACUUGCUUUCUAUACCCUAGUUUUGUUGGCUGCUACCUAUGGCUUCAAAACAAUACCUGGCCUUAGAAAUGGUCUUCCUUCUGCAGUAUGCUGGACCAAGAGAACUAAUACAUUUUGAACCUCUUUCUCAACUCUUCUUUUUAUAUUGGCCUUCCCAUAUUACUUGUUUUUAAUUUAGUUUUUAAAAUUAUAAAAAUGCUUUAAAAUAAAAAAGUUGAUUAAUAGAGUACUUAGUGUUGCUAAAAUUAGGACCAUUCUGAAAAUUAAGAAGCUGAGAAUUAUUUCAGAAGUUUUUACAUUUAACGUCAUUUGCUGAUUGGUCACUCAUCACUAUGUUAUUAUGAAGACUUCUGUCUAUAUGUGAAGCUUGUGUCUAUAUGUGAACUUCCCAGUUAGUUUUGCAAGAUAUCACCUGAAUCAUCUCUUCAGAUGCCAAUUUAGCUAUGAGCAAAUAUGAACAAUUUUAUCUGCAAAGAGUCUCAUAAAUACAGUAUGUGGUAGCAGUCAGUAAGAAGAUCACCUUUUUUAUUUUUACCUUCCAAAUAAGAAUAAACUUAAGGGUGCUUUACAGAAACAUGCAGGUUCAAUAAAAGUACUGUAUAGACGUAAUAAUAUUAAAGAUACAGUAUAUUCAUUUCUUUGAUCACGUUCACUCUUUUAUGUUACCCUCUGCUUUGAUGUUUCUUCAACUGUUUUAUUUCCUGGAGCUCCUUGAUUUUCCAAUGAGAUCUGCAAAUUAGGAUAGGCCACUUGAGGGGGCAAUUUCACCCAAUGCUCUCCAGAGAAGUAUAACUAGAGAUGUGAUAAAUUUGCCUAUUUGAUCUCUGAGGAAUUCCUCAAAAACCCAACAUCUCUCAGGUGCUUGGGGUGGAUCACAAUAAUCCGUCAGUUUUAAUCCUGAAGGUUGAGUGCAGAAACAAUAAGCACAAAUAGAGCUGUCUCAAGUGAUCUUAAGCCCAACCAAAAUGUAGUUUCAAGAUAUGGAGAUUGAAAUUGUCAACACUAGAAGUUUGGAAGAUUCCAAUGUCAGGCCAGAUAUGAAUUCCAAAAGCUGAUGCAAGGCUGCUACCAGGCAACAACAAUGCAUUUGCCUUUCAACCCAAACUGCACAUGCAAAUAACUCACACUUGGUCACCCAUGGGGCAGUACUUCUAAUAGGAAGGAAGGAAGGAAGGAAGGAAGGAAGGAAGGAAGGAAGGAAGGAAGGAAGGAAGGAAAUAUUGUCAUGCUCCCUCACUAAUGAUGGAGUUGUGGUUGUUCCAGAUCUAAACUACAAAAUAUGCAGGAAAACAUAUUUUGAAUAGGGUAAUAUGCACAGUCCCAUUCCACCAAGUAUUUGCUAUGCAGGUCAAGCGACCAUUCACACAAAUACGGUAAAUACCCUUUGGGUGGUAGCAGCAAUGUCUCAAGCUAUCAAGUAGGUGAGGCCAUGGCUGUUUUGGUAGUAACUUUACCUACAGCACAACAGCUUUGCAACAGUAACUCAAGACCUCAUCACAUGUGUUAAUCACAUCCUCUUUAUAGGGCUGCCUUUGAAAACUUCUGUAUUUUAUACCUAUAAUUGGUACAAAAUACAACUGUUGACAGAUGCUGACUGCCAUGAGGAUAUUCUGUGCUCAAGGCUUGCCCUAGUUGCUGAUAGGUUUCCUGGUUUUAACUUAUAAAGCCAUCUAUGGUUUGGCAUUGAGGCAUCUUGAGGAGCAUCUUCUUUGACUAGACUUUAUCUAUUUGACAUGGUCGUAAUGGGAAAAGAAUUUGGAAGUUCUACAUUUUCAUGAAAUGAAGAGUGAAGCUAGGAACCAAUGUUUUUAAGGCACUGAUAUUAUAGAACAACUCCAUUUGGAUAUUGUGUUAGUUUCUAUGGUGGUGAAAUUUCAGAAGGCAAUGGAAAUCAAAUUUUUAUGAAGGGCCUUAGUGGAAUAUUAUCUUGUAUAUAAUAGUGAGAUUAUUCUCUGUGGAUUUCUAUUGUAUAGUUCUCUGUCAAUAUAAUUUGUAUUGUAUUGUUAAUGUAAAUAUUGCAUGAGAAUACUUACGUAAUGUUUACUGAUUGAAAUUGUGAUAGAUAUUUCAGUGUUAGUUAUUUUUUAUAUUUUUAUUAUAGAUCUUUUAUUAUUUUACUUUCAUGUUGUACUGUGGGGAUUUUAUUUGUUCUGUAAACUACCAUGAAUCCAAUUGAUGCAAUAGGAUGCAUGCAAAUUCAAUAAAUACAUAAAUGUA